CAGCGGGCGUCUUCACAGCAUGAAGAGAGAGAACCAUUAUUCUACUCAACUUUCGGUCCGUCAACACAUUGCCCACAUUCUUUAUCUUAUUGUGGCAAAUGAUUUAAAUUUUUUGGUUGCCAGAAAAAUCCGGUCCACUAUAGAUGCCAGGCAUCGCCAUGGGCGAUCUGGUCAACCACAGUGAUGCAAUGGCGAGCUGGAAACUGGGAAUAUGCCUUCACACCUUCUCCUUCUUUGGUAGCCGUUGACUCCGUUCAUGUCAACCACGUCACAGUUUCCUUUCUUCCUUCCACCAACGGAAACUCGGAGUAAUCAAUAAAUAGAACUCCGCACCCUUCUCUUUACUGUCUCUCUCGUUCCGAGCGAGGUCGAUCAGUCGAGGAGGAAAGGAAGGAGAAAGGACGAAAUAGAGAAAGAAGUUAUGGACGGUGAUGGGGUUCAUCGAGGGACCGUCAAGUGUGCCGCGUGGAUUCGGCGGAGGAACGAGGUUUACGCUCUCCUCGCGAAGUCUGCUCACAGGUCGUCGCCGCCAGUCCUUCAAAUCUCUUCCUACGAUCCCAACUCCCUGUCCCUCUCCCCCAAGGGCGAGUACGUCUGCGAGGACGGUGAUCCCAUCUGCAUCGCGGUUCAUCCCAGCGGAGACGAGAUUGUUUGCUCGAUGCGGAACGGUGUGAGAUUAAUUGAAUUCUCUGAUGUGGAGACGGGCAUAAAAUUUGUCACAAAGGACUUCCCAGUUCUCCAAGGUGUUGGCCUUCAGAAAUGUCUUUCCUUUAGCACUGAUGGAUCAAAAUUUGCAUCGGGUGGGGAGGAUGGGCAUCUUAGGAUAUUUGAGUGGCCAAGUCUUAAUGUUCUCCUGGAUGAACCAAGGGCUCAUAAAUCCUUCAGAGAUAUGGACUUCAGUUUGGGCUCUGAAGUUCUUGUCUCAACAUCUACUGAUGGUCAUGCUCGAAUAUGGAAUGCAACUGAUGGUGUUCCCUUACAGUCAUUGACUCGCGUUGCGGAUGAGAAGCUCGAGUGCUGUCGAUUUUCCAAGGAUGGAACUAAGCCAUUUCUCUAUUGCACCGCACAGCAUGGUGGCAAAGUGCUUAUUGUAGUAUGGGAUGUCAGUACAUGGAACAGGCUUGGACACAAAAGUCUGUCUAGAAAGCCCAUCUCUACAUUCUCGAUCAGUCAUGAUGGAAAGUAUCUUGCACUGGGCAGCCAUGAUGGAGACAUUGGCAUUGUUGAUGUGAAGAAAAUGGAACUAAUCCAGUGGGCUAAAAGGGUUUUUCUAGGAACCCAAAUUUCAUGUCUAGAUUUUUGUCCAACAGAAAGGGUAAUCCUUUCUGCAUCAAAUGGAUCGGAAGUAACUGUCACUAAGCUGAAUAUCCGAGACUGGAAAGAAUGGCAGAUAUAUCUGCUGCUGUUGGGACUCUUCCUUGCUUCUGGUGUUCUAUUCUAUGCGUUCUUCAAGAAUUCUGAUUCGUUUUGGAACUUCCCUGUUCGAACAACUCAGCAUCACAGGCCGUCCAUGGGAUCUUUUCCUGGGGAUUCUCAAUCAGUAGAUGAACUUUGACACGCUGUGAGCCUUCCUAGUGUAUCUUCUUGUUAAGGAGAAUGUGUUCCUUCAGUUGUAAAUGACAGUGGGCAUAAAUUUUGGCCUCAUUGUGGUUUCCCUUAAAUUUAAAGAAAUUUAUUUCUGCAAGUGUAUCUCUAGGCCGACACUGCACAUCCUUUUCAUGAAAAAUGUCAGAGAGUUUCAUUA